CGAAAACUCGUAUCGCACGCGGUGACUCACACACAUUAAACAAACGCGUGCAGUACAGUAGGCCAUGCUAUGUAGUGCGAUAUUGGCCAUUUUGUCAGCCUGCAUAUCAUUUUGAACGUUGCUUGAAAGCAGCCGUAAUAAAUCAUUUGCGUUUUCAGUGGAGAUUAUGAAUAUGCGGUUAUUAUUGUGUACGAGUAGACCAUUAUAAAGGCCAGGUUUUGUCGGUCUGCUGGGCCAUAAUCAGCGUGUGUAGUAUGCGACAGGAAUUGCACGGUGUGUGUGGUGUACAUGCGCGCGGAGUGUUUUUACUCUGGAAAUUCGAAAAAGCGAGAUUUUACAGCAGCUUCAUGCUUGGAUGACAGCUAUAACAUUUUUAUGCUAAGUGGCACUGCCGUAUCCGUUUGGACAAUAUGCGCGAAUUCAAAGUGGUCGUUCUGGGUUCUGGCGGCGUCGGAAAGAGUGCUUUGACGGUGCAGUUUGUUUCGGGGCAUUUCUGCGAGAAAUAUGAUCCGACAAUAGAAGAUUUCUACCGCAAAGAAAUUGAAGUGGAUCAUAAUCGCUGUAUACUAGAAAUUUUGGACACAGCUGGAACGGAACAAUUUGCCAGCAUGCGCGAUUUGUACAUUAAAAAUGGCCAAGGAUUCGUUGUUGUAUACAGUGUCACAAGUCGGCAGAGUUUUCAAGACAUCAAGAUCAUGAAAGACCAGAUCAUGCGAGUGAAAGGGGUCGACCGAGUGCCCAUUAUCCUUGUUGGUAAUAAAGCUGAUUUGGAGCAUUUACGCGAGGUUUCAUCAUCCGAUGCACUAUCGCUGGCGGAAAUGUGGGACUGCCCCUUUAUGGAAGCUAGUGCCAAAUCACGUACCAAUGUUAAUGAACUCUUUGCCGAGAUUGUUCGUGAAAUGAAUAUUGCACCGGUUAAAGAGGAUGUUGACUGGGUAUGCUGUACGCUGUUGUGAUAAAUGUAUAUUUUUCCUGUUUUUUUGGGGAUAUAUUCUAUUUGAAUCUGACUUUAUUGAGAUCCUCAGCUGUUCUUGGUUGUUUUUUGACUGCUCACCAAAUGAAUGGACCAUUAAUUCACUUACAUGCUCCUAAAAUGUAAGCCUUUAUUGAUUUGUGCCAAGUUGGAUCCUGAUAUGUGCGGCAGUCUGAAGACAGAAUCUUGAAAGCCAUGGCCUUGGGGCACUUUUAUCUGGAGUUCUACUUGUUUUACAACUAACUGACAGAGGGGCAACGAUUUUCGGAAGUUUUUAGAGAAAUUUUAUUUAUGCCUGGGUGUUUUGAUUUGUGGCAUGUUCUUAACAAUGUUGUCUGUUAAUUUUUUAGACACUGCUUUUCGAGGCUAUUUUGAAUGUAUUUUUCUAUCGGUUUUGUUUUGUCUUGCGGGAAGAUUGCGGAUAAAUAGCUGCCGCUG